AUGAGCCGCUCCGGCCGGCUGCUGCUGUGGCUCGGAGCUGCGGGAGCCAUUCUCUGCUCCAGCUCGGGCUCCCAGGAGCCCUUCCUGUCAUCCCCGCCCCUGCCAAUUUCCAGCUCCCAGGACCCGAAAAUCACCGCCGCGCCUAGCGGAUUGGAGUCAGCCUCGCCCCAAAAUCCUCUAGGCACCGAGGGGCCUUGGCUGUUCAACACGUGUGGAGCCAGCGGCCGGCGGGGGCCCACGCAAACACAGUGUGACGGGGCAUACGCGGGGAGCAACGUGGUGGUGACAGUGGGGACUGCCGGGCCACUGAGAGGCGUGCAGCUUUGGCGGGCCCCGGGCCCCGGCCAGUAUCUGAUCUCAGCCUAUGGCGCUGCGGGGGGCAGAGGCGCCAAGAGCCACCUGUCGCGGGCGCAUGGCGUCUUCCUCUCGGCGGUCUUCUCGCUGAGGCGCGGAGAGCCGCUGUACCUCCUCGUGGGGCAGCAGGGACAGGACGCCUGUCCCGGAGGGAGUCCGGAGAGCCAGCUCGUCUGCCUUGGAGAGCCUUGGGCCACCGAAGAGCACGUGGCGACAGUCGGGGCCGACAGCGUCCCAAGCUCGCGGCAUCGCUGGGCAGGAGGUGGCGGCGGGGGUGGGGGCGCCACCUACGUCUUCCGGCUGCGCGCCGGUGAGCUGGAGCCGCUGCUGGUGGCAGCCGGGGGCGGCGGUCGGGCCUACUUGAGGCGACAGGACCGAGGCCGGACCCAGGCCGCCCCCGAGAAACUGGAGACCCGCUUGGCGGCGCCCGGGAACGGCGGGAGAGGCGGGGCGGCAGGUGGAGGCGGCGGCUGGACGUCGCGGGCCCGCUCUCCGCAGGCCGGCGGCUCACUGCGGGAGGGGGCGGAGGGCGGCCAGGGCUGCGCGGAGGCCUGGGCUGCCCUCGGCUGGGCCGCGGCUGGUGGCUUCGGGGGCGGCGGCGGCGCCUGCUCUGCGGGCGGAGGUGGCGGCGGCUACCGGGGGGGUGAUGCCUCAGAGACUGACAUACUUUGGGCUGAUGGGGAAGAUGGGGUAUCCUUCAUACACCCCAGCAGCGAGCUCUACCUGCAGCCACUGGCAGUCACAGAGAGCCAUGGAGAGGUGGAAAUCCGAAGGCACCCUAAUUGCAGUCACUGUCCUUUGAAAGACUGCCAGUGGCAGGCAGAGCUCCAGUUGGCUGAAUGCACAUGCCCAGAGGGCAUGGAGCUAGCUGUGGAUAACAUCACUUGCCUGGACCUGCCCACCACCGCAAGCCCUCUGGUUCUGAUGGUGGCUGUGGUGGUAACCUUGACACUGAGCCUCCUUCUAGUGUGCGGGGUUCUGAUUCUGGUGAGCCAGAAAAAGUGGCAGGGCCUGUGGGGGACAAGACUACCAGGCCCUGAGCUGGAGCUGAGCAAGCUUCGAACCUCUGCCAUCAGGACAGCCCCCAAUCCCUAUUACUGCCAGGUGGGGCUUGGCCCAGCCCAGUCCUGGCCUCUGCCUCCAGGGCUCACUGAGAUUUCUCCAGCCAAUGUCACUCUGCUCAGAGCCUUGGGCCAUGGUGCCUUCGGGGAGGUGUAUGAGGGACUGGUAACUGGCCUUCCUGGGGACUCCAGCCCCCUGCAGGUGGCUAUCAAGACCCUGCCAGAGCUCUGCUCUCGUCAGGACGAGCUGGACUUCCUCAUGGAGGCGCUUAUCAUCAGCAAGUUCAGUCAUCGGAAUAUCGUGCGUUGUGUGGGGCUCAGCUUCCGGGCUGCCCCUCGCCUCAUCCUGCUGGAGCUGAUGUCCGGAGGAGAUAUGAAGAGCUUCCUGAGGCACAGCAGGCCGCACCUGGGACAGCUGUCACCUCUGGCCAUGCAGGACCUGCUGCAGCUGGCCCAGGACAUAGCCCAGGGCUGCCACUACUUGGAAGAAAAUCACUUCAUCCACAGGGAUAUUGCUGCCCGAAACUGCCUGCUGAGCUGCACCGGGCCCAGCCGAGUGGCCAAGAUUGGGGACUUUGGGAUGGCAAGAGAUAUCUACCGGGCCAGUUAUUACCGCAAGGGGGGCCGGGCCUUGCUCCCAGUCAAGUGGAUGCCCCCAGAGGCCCUCCUGGAGGGUAUCUUCACAUCCAAGACAGACUCCUGGUCUUUUGGGGUUCUGCUCUGGGAGAUCUUCUCAUUGGGCUACAUGCCCUACCCUGGGCGCACCAACCAGGAGGUGCUGGACUUUGUUGUCACAGGAAGCCGGAUGGACCCUCCUAGAGGCUGUCCAGGGCCUGUGUACCGCAUCAUGACCCAGUGUUGGCAGCAUCAGCCCGAGCUGCGGCCCAACUUUGCCAGCAUCUUGGAGCGCCUUCAAUACUGCACUCAGGACCCUGAUGUGCUAAAUUCGCCCCUGCCAGUGGAACCUGUGCCCAUCCUGGAAGAAGAAGGGGCUUCUGAGCUGGGGAACAGGUCUUUGGAGGGUCUACAAUCCCCACGGCCCCAGAACCUGAAUUCAGAGAACUUGAAAAGCUGGGGAAGGGGCCCUCUUGGCCCCUGGCUGUCCUCUAGCCUUAAGCCUCUCAAAUCCAGAGGCCUCCAUCCACAGAAUCUUUGGAACCCCACCUAUGGCUCUUGGGCCCCAAGAGCCCCAGAGGGUGAGGGUGAGGGCAUUGACCUUGGCAAUGGCUCCUCCCUGCACUCCUUCCCAGGCUUCUAGGUGGCUUGUUACUCCAGUAGCCUGUCCCCUGCAGUCUGUGCUGCAUGUUUGGGCCUGUCUCAGGGCUGUCCUACCAGCAUCAGACUUUCCAUUGCUGGAUAGCAGCCCAGGCCUCCUGGGGAAAGGCCUGGCCACUGCCAGCUUUCGGUCUUUGGGAUCAGAGGCCACCCUCCACCCACCCCAGGAGGUAGGGGUGAUUUCCUGGAUUGUCCUCUCCAGGAGCAGCUUUCAUCUGGGCAGCUCCCAAUCCUGCGGAUAUUUCUAAUAAAAAGCUC